GCGGCCAGGUGCAGCCAGCCCUGCUGAGCUGGGCUGGGCACUGCUUUGCCUGCUUGGAGCGGGACAGCGGGGUAUUUGACACCCCGCUGGCUACAGCGCCCUGCGUGGUCACUCACAUCACCCACCCCUAAGGCCAGUUUUGCAUAGAGAGACAAGGUAUUUAACUCAGGUCUGAGUAUUUUGCCAUGGAAUCAGGAGCCUGAUACUUAUGCUACAGGGGGUCACAAUUACAGACCUUAAAACCUUUUGUGUUUUUACCUGUUUGUCACUUAAAAGUCUUCAUGCAGCCUAAGGGUAUUAGAAACCUAGCUAUAGGAGGAUAAGGAUCAUUCAUUUUCAGGUGUAGGCAUUCUGAAGACAAAAAGCCCUGGGUUCUUAUGCUGAAAUUUUUCCAAUAGCCCAAGUGAUGAGGUGCCUAAAUCUCACUAAAAUUAAUGGGGCUUAUGUCCAGUUCCUUUGCAAGUCCAAGACUUACAUUCUGGAAGUGCUAGAUCCACAAAAGGUUUUCAGUACUGUAAUACUCUGGCAUCUUGUUUUAUGCACUGGUCACCUAUAGUCCUGAGUUAGGCUUCUCACUGCCAAGGUCCCUUCUGAAAAUCAAUUUUAGCUCACAAGUCAUUUAGGCCCUUUUUUUAGAAUUUUUCCCUUCGUCUCUUUGUACCUCAGCUUACUACCUUUGUAGUGUAGCUGCAACAAUACAUACUUCUCAGAGGUCUUAUGGAAAUGGGCUAAUGGCUGUAAGCAUUUUAGGAUGCUUAGACUAUUUUAAAAGUUAAAUUGAAUAUAAAGAACAGCCUUCAUAUUUUAAAACUUACUGGGGAACAAAGGUUUUCCAGUUAAAAAAAGUGACCCACCGGUUGAAAUUUCACUUGGUUUAAUAUUACUGAAUUAUGAUUUUAACUCUCAGCCAUUCGUUGUUCUGCAUAUUUGUAGUAGUUUUUAUAGAAUUUUUUAACCACUUUGCAUAGGUUUAUGACAAUUCCAAUAUUAUUUCAGUAGCCUUUUGUCGCAUACUGAUGCAGUUAACAUCAGCCUGUAAUUUUAUUUUUAAAGAUUGAAUCAUGCUGUUCUUUAAUCUGGUCCCAGGUCACGAGUCUCUAGUUAAGUGAAUUUCUUUAUGAUCUAUAAAACUGCAUUUAGAAAUGUUUUCUGGGUGUAAUCUGAGGGGCUGCAUUGUUCUUGGACUUACUCACAAUGGGUGUUAGGGGACAAAAUACCAGGCUUUUGUCAGAAGUUAUUUUCAGCUUGCUGAUAGUUAUGGCAUUGCUCAUGUUCCUUACACCCCCCACCCCCCCCCCCCACACACAUGCACACUUUUCCCUCCCCUCCCUUCUUAUAUGCUUGUGACCAUUUAGACUUAUUUAAAGAGUGCAGGAGCCCUCCAGUUCAGCCACUUCCCCCAGCUGAAGAAGAUCAAGUAGCCAGAGUGCCCUUCACGCUUGAGGAUGCCAAACUGGGGAGGUGGAGCCAAGUGCGGUGCUUGUGACAAGACUGUAUAUCAUGCUGAGGAAAUCCAGUGCAACGGCAGGAGUUUUCACAAGACCUGCUUCCACUGCAUGGCUUGCAGAAAAGCUCUGGAUAGUACCACAGUAGCAGCUCACGAAUCUGAAAUCUACUGCAAAACCUGUUAUGGAAGAAAAUAUGGCCCCAAAGGUAUUGGAUUUGGACAAGGGGCAGGAUGCCUCAGCACUGAUACCGGUGAACAUCUAGGCUUGGAUCUACAACAAAGUUCACCAAAGCCUGCUCGUCCUUCUACACCUACCAACCCUUCAAAGUUUGCCAAAAAGUUUGGAGAUGUGGAGAAGUGCCCUCGCUGUGGCAAAUCAGUAUAUGCUGCAGAGAAAAUAAUGGGAGGAGGAAAACCUUGGCAUAAGACAUGCUUCCGCUGUGCCAUUUGUGGAAAGAGCUUAGAAUCGACAAAUGUUACAGACAAAGAUGGAGAACUGUAUUGUAAAGUUUGCUAUGCAAAGAAUUUUGGUCCCAAAGGAAUUGGAUUUGGUGGCCUCACUCAAGUGGAAAAGAAGGAGUGAAAAAUUCUGUAACAAGUCUUUUGCUAAUGCAACAGGCUAAGUGAAACAAUGAUGCAGGCAUUUUUUCAAAUUGUUCCUUCAUCUCGUAGGAGAAUUUCUGAAGUAGUUAGAAAAUACAUUUUGACAGAACUGGAUUUAAGUUUAUUCUAAAACGAAUAGAACAUAAUACUGUUCUAUGAAACAGUCUGUGAACAAAUGACUAUUUAUUUAAAACUGGAGUUAUAGUAGCCCUGUGCACUUUGCACAGAGAAAUCAUCAUCCCAUGACCCUGGGGUCAAACCAUGGUAUUCUGGAUUUGUAUCAAUCUAAACAGAACAGAAUCUGGCCCAUAAUCUAUAGUGUCUCUCAUAUCAUAAAGUUAUACUGGUGCUAUUGCACAAGAGGAAAUAUUAUUCAAAUUGCACAUUUCUAAUGUGACACUAGCUAACAAUUUCAAUUCCAUCCCACUCUUUCAUUCCAACACUUCGUGCCCAAAAGCUUGUGUAAACACCUCUCCCAACUAAGUAUAUCCCACCAAAUACACCACCAAAAUUUUUUCUGUCAAAAGGAAGGACUUCUGGGUGGGGAAACGAACCUACAUUUUCUUACAACAAGACAGGAUAUUAAACCUAGUUUUGUUACUGUGUUUUAAGCUACAAUAAAAUGUAGAUACUGCUUUCACACUA